GUCGCGUUGGAGACGAUAAACGAUAACGAUACUUAGUCGAAAGUGGUGAGAAUUUCCAUCUUCGACCUCCACUGGUGGUGUGAGCGUCUGUUCAUUAUUCAGUAGAGCUUCUAAAGGCCAUCUUCUCCACGCGCUGGAGUUUUCAGAAACAGCUAUGGACGCGCAGAUUGACAGCACCAAGCCCAUUCCAGCCUUCUACUGUUGUUACCUCCUACGCUCGACGGUGAACCGCGGGAAGCUCUACAUCGGAUCGACUCCCAAUCCACGAAGGCGACUCGCUCAGCACAAUGGCAUCACCAACGGAGGAGCCAAGCGGACAGCAAACCUGAGGCCCUGGGAGAUGGUAAUGAUAGUGGAGGGAUUCAUGAGCCGGACUGGAGCUUUGCAGUUUGAAUGGUCGUGGCAGCAUACAGUCAAAUGCAGACAUGUUAAUCGUGGAGAACGCAACGCAACCCACCAGAGCCGUGGACGCAUCGAUCCCAAGUCAAAGGUCAAGACAUCCCAGGGUGAGCCCAAGACAAGGGCAUCCUUGGCUAGCCACCUGGGCGAUUUACAUGUCCUGCUCCGAUCUACAUACUUCCGCACCUGGCCCCUGAAGGUCCGCUUCUUCUCGAAGGACGUUUACCGGGUAUGGCAGGGGUGGUCCGACAGAGUGGAUGGUCUCAUCCCGGAUAACGUAGAAAUUAUAUCUCCGCAGGAUGGUGGCAGCAUCCGAAAUGCGGCGGCUGUGGAUAGUAGCUACAAUAGCAUGAGAAGCUAUCUAGAGAAGGCGAGAACGGUGCUAGAUGACUCUCAAAAUAUUCAUUGUGGCGUAUGCAAAGAACUGCUGCAAGUGAAGGAUCAGAUGAUCGUCGUGUGUCCAGCGCCCAGCUGUCGCAGCACUUCUCAUCUGCUUUGUCUGUCCAACCGAUUUCUCCAAGAGUCAGGAGAGCCAGACCAAAUGUUACCGUUGGAGGGUACCUGUGUUGCUUGCGAGGAGACCGUUCAAUGGCCUAUGCUGAUGAAAGAGCUAACUCUGCGCAGCCGAGGAGAGAGCGAUCACAAACCCCACAGGGAGCGAACCGGACGACCCGCAAAGAAAGGCAAUGCUAGAACCGGUCGCAACGAGCAAAGACUCUCUCAGCCUCCAGUUGACGAUCAGAUGAAUUCCAAUGGUGGUGAAUACGGGGAGAGUGUUUAUGGCGAAUAUGAUCAGGAUGAUGAGCCGCUGGACGAUAGUUGGGUAGAUGUAUUCGACGUCGACGAGUCCGACUUGGAGACCAAUAGCCAGUUGGAGAACCAGUCCAAGGCAGCACAGACUCGAGUCGAGAUCGUGAUCCAGGACAGCGAUUGUGAUGAACCAGAGAUCAUAGACUAAACCAAUCGCAGGUGCAGACGGGUUCACUUAUACGCAGACUGUAGUGUCAUGUGGAACUCUCACCGCUGGGGAUGAAAGACCACGGACCUAGUCUCCUGAGAGGGCCGAUGGAGUCGACAUUUUUCAUACACUCCAGCACAGGUUCCAGGAUAUCCUGGGCUACUUCGUUGAAUGGUCUCCCUGCAUCAAUGACACAGAUCUCGUCGUUGUGUGGCAGUUCGAGGAGAGACUGGAACAAAUCCCGUACACGCUUCUGCAUCGUGUCGGUCUCAUACCGUUCUAGAC